ACUGAACGCAUUGUCCAAUCGCUUUUGGAGCUGCGUGGAGCUCUCCAUCUAGUGAUCCGAGAUUUGAACUGAUUGCAAAACAACAAACUAAAUAUAUAUUCAUAUAUAUCGAGUACCGUUAACCCUCGCUGAGUACCGUUCACGUGCUACACAUUCAACCAGGUCCGGAAGGCAGAAAGAGCCAUAAAUUUGCGAAAUCGACAACAAGAUCGAGACACAAGCAGUAGAUCACUCAAAGGCCAAAGCAAAGCCAACAGCAUAACUGUACUUUACUAAGCAAUCGAGCUUGGCAAAGUCAAAGAACAGUUAACGAACCGGACCAAAAACCCGAACCAAAGUCUCUUUGAAUUUUCAUAUAUAUUUUUUUUUGCUACGCGCACAAAAACCAAACCAAAACUUGAACUAUAGAAUGGUAGAAGGUGAUUCUGCAAAAAGUAAAAGCGAAUCCUAUAAUGUAGAAGCUGGCCUACAACCAAACUACAAUCAGAACAACGCGGCCAACGCGGGCAACGCAGCAAGCAAUCCCAACCAUUCAGCAAGCCUAACCGGUUCGAUAGGCAACUCUGGCAAUUCGGCAACGCCGCAGCAUAUUGAUAAUCGGGCGAUCAUCCAACCGUAUUCAUUGGGCACCCCAAGCGCCAAGCAGCCCGAAUAUCAAUUUGCAGCUGACAAUCGCGGCUACGAGCCCGAGUUCAAUCAAAAUGGCAAGCAGGACGUAGAACGUGUCGCCUCUGGCGGCGGAGGAGGCGGCGGUGAUGGCUCCGAUGAUGCGGCCGCUGAUCAUAAGCGUCGUCGCAGCAAGACACCGUUGCCACCACCGACCCGUCCCAUAGUCGCCAACUUUGAGCGGGCCAUCGAGCUGUGCGAAUAUGGCAAAUUCCAUUAUAUACUGCUGGCCAUUUGUGGCCUGGUCAGCACAUCGGAGGAAAUGGAUGUCAUCUCGAUGUCAUUCAUCUUGCCAUCGGCACAAUGUGAUUUGGGCUUGAACACGGAAACGAAAGGAUGGCUCAACUCGAUCAUCUUCAUUGGCAUGAUGGUUGGCGCCUAUUUCUGGGGCAGCAUUGCCGACAGUUUUGGCCGCAAAAAGAUCCUCAUUGUCAUCUCGUUUAUGAACGCGUUCUGCAUUGUUGCCUCGUCGUUUUCGCAAACUUAUGGCUACUUUAUGCUCUUUCGUUUUCUCAAUGGCGCAGCGCUGGGCGGCAGUGGUCCUGUCAUCUGGUCGUAUUUCGCCGAAUUCCAACCGAAAGCGAAACGCGGCUCCAUGCUUAGCUUCAUGGCUGCCUUCUGGACCUUUGGUAACCUGUUUGUGGCCGGUUUGGCCUGGCUGAUCAUUCCCACGAAAAUUGGUUUCAUCUCACAAUACUUCACAUAUAACUCGUGGCGUAUCUUUUUGCUGGUCUGCUCGUUCCCAUCGUUUCUGGUUGGCUUCCUGCUCUUCUAUUUGCCCGAAUCACCCAAAUUCCUGUUGACUCGCGGCAAAAAGGACAAGGCAUUGGCCAUCUUUCGGGGCAUCUUUGUGACGAACACGAAAAAGAAGCCCGAAGAAUAUAUGGUCUAUGAUCUGGAGGUCGAUGAGAAACUGAACACUGAAAGCGCCCAGGGAUUCAAGGGCAAAUACCAUCGCAUGAUCAGUGGAAUGGUCGACCACAGUCGCGAUCUGUUCAAAUCGCCCAUCUUGAGAUUCACACUUGUCUCGAUCACCAUCAACUUUACAUUCCACAUUGGCUACUAUGGUCUGAUGAUGUGGUUCCCAGAGGUGUUCAAUCGCUAUGAGGAGUACGAGAAGGGUCAUCCCAAUCAGGAGGCUGACAUUUGCGGCGUCACCGAGUACGUUGUCACGCUGAGCAAGUCCAAGGUCGAUAAUGGCACAUGCAACUCCGAUAUCCCAUCGUCUGUGUUCAUGGAAUCACUGAUCACGCUUGCCUCCGCCCUGCCAGCGAAUCUGUUUGCCAUCCUUGGCAUGGAUAUGUUGGGACGACGAUUCUUCCUGAUUGCCGGCACAAUGACGGCUGGCAUUUGCUCGGCGCUCAUGUAUUUGGUGCGCAGCUCGUUGCAGAAUCUCUUGGUAUCGGCCGUAUUCAGUGGCGCGAUCUCGGCGGCAAAUGCCGCACUUGAUUGCCUCAUCACCGAAGUAUUCCCCACGAAGUUGCGUGCCACCGGUGUGGCCAUCUCGAUGGUGGCCGCCCGUUUAGGUGGCAUCAUUGGCAACAUUGUGAUUGCCCAGCUCUUGGAUCAUUUCUGUCCGGUGCCGACGUUCAUAGUCUCUGGACUGUUAAUUGGCGGCGGUCUUAUGUGCCUCUUGCUGCCCAAUACGACGCGAAAGGAGCUCAAUUAAGCAACAAACGAUUCACUAAUACUAUCGAUAACUAUCGAUAACAAUAGCACAGCCCAAUAGCCCCAGAUUAACAACAACAACAACCAACACCUUGCAAUAGUAUGAUAUCAAAAACCGCACACAGAACUUAACCCGCCCCAUUCAAACAACCUUCCAGCCAUCCAACUCCAACUUUCCCCCCCCGUCACCAACAACCACCGCUUUAACUCCUUUUGCAGCACCCCGCCAUUUUGGGGGCGGGAACUCGUAUUGUUUUGUACGUAUGUAUUUACAACAAAAAAAAAAACUAAAAACAAAAAAUAUGAAAAAGAAAUAUAUGUAUAGUGUGCUCGACAUUAUACGGAUGUUUUACGAUUUUUUUUUCGGAUCGUCAGUAAUUAUGAUUAAUGAUAACGAUAACGAUAACAAUUUUUUGUGUCUAGAAUUUAAGUACAGAGAAAAAUACAGUUUGUUUUUUUUUUGAUUUUUUUUGUUUUCGUCGCUUUAAACGUGUCGAUUGGAAUUUACAAAAAAUGCCCACAAGCCAGCGAUAAGAUAUAUAGAACCGAUAACCGUAAUGCUACAAUAUAUGUAACACAUCGAUAACGAUAGUAAACGAUUGUAGUAUCGAUGUGGAAUAAUCAGUUAAUACAAAUUUUGUUUGGCAAGCGCCGGCGCCGGCUAAAUCAGCAGCAAGGAGAGCAGGUUCUGGUUCGGCUGGAUGGACGAGAAGAAAGUAUAUAAAAAGAGAAAAGAAAGUGAAUGAAGAUGAAGAAGAAAAAUGUUUUUAAUGAAGGAUCAAGCAGGGAUCAUUGUGUGAGCAGCAACGCCUGCUGGCAGUUAUUGUUGUUAUUAUUAUUAUGAUUAUAAUUAUUAUUGCUAUUGCUAUUGCUAUUAUUAAUGCAUGUUACAUAAUACAAGUACAUAUACAUAUUACAUACAUAUUUUACAUAUAAAGAUGAAGAAAUUCAGAAACACACACUGUUUUUAUGUAACAAUAUACAUUACUAUUAUUAUUACCAUUCUUAUUAUUAUUAUUAUUGUUUUUUUUUUUUUUUUCGUCGUAUCGUUAUUUAGGGCAGAGCACAGGAAGAAAAAAAAUAUUUGUAAAUUUUAGUUACAUAUGUUAUAAAGAAAGAAAAAACAAGUUAUUCUAUUACAUAAAGCAAUGAAAGCAUAUAAACAAAAC